AUUCCUAGAGCUGGGCAUGGCAAGUUGAAUUAAAGACAUUGUUAUUGUUUGGUUAUAAAAGGUUGGUGCCAUAGAACAUUGAGUUUUGAAUCAUAAGAUGAAAAUGACAAGGAUCUUCCUUAGCACCCUUUCCCUGUGCCUCUUGCUCCUCCAGCUGAAUCUCUCCAAGGCCCAGCCUGGAUCUCCCCAAAAACUUCCAUUUACAUUUCAUUCUCUAUUUCCAUUUUUCGGCCGUCCAGAAGACGCCAACAUACCACUAAAGGGUCCACAGGACGACCUUCAGAACGUGCCUCAACAGGCCGCCGACCAAAAACCUCAGAAACUCAGCCCAGAUUUCUACAUAAAAACUUGCCCCAAUGCCCAAAAAAUCGUGGCCGAUGCACUUGCAGACAUCGUUAAGAAGAAUCCCGGCGCUCUCGGAAACCUACUUCGCCUUCAAUUCCAUGACUGCUUCGUUAAUGGAUGCGAUGCAUCGAUCUUGCUAGAUUACUCGCCAAGCGGUGACACCGUGGAGAAAAGUUCAAUGGUGAAUGGUCUACUCCUGAAAGGAGCUGAUAUGAUCGAUGACAUAAAGUUGAAGCUGGAGGAGCAGUGUCCUCAAACUGUGUCAUGUGCUGACACAUUGGCAUUUACAGCCAACGAGGUAAUGACCAUGGCGGGUUUGCCCCCUCGGAAACCCCUCGGUGGCCGUAGAGACGCGCUGGUUUCCCUUUCCAGUGCGGCAGACGCCGACAACCUCCCUUUGCCAGACUGGACCAUGGAUCAAAUGGUAAAACUCUUCACCAAAAAGGGCUUCAACAUCGAAGAAAUGGUGAUCCUACUCGGUGCACAUUCUAUCGGCAUGGCUCAUUGUGACUUGUUCAUCCAAAGGGCAUACAACUUCCAAAACACAGGGAAACCCGACCCUACCCUUACCGUCGAAGCGGUUGAGGAAUUCAAAAAGGCAUGCCCCAAUGUUAAUACACCUAAGUACAGGAACCCCCCUGUCAACUUUGAUGCAACACCAACUGUGCUUGAUAACCUCUUCUACAUGGAAAUGGUCGAGAGAAACAGAACUUUUCUCAUUACGGAUUCCCAUUUGUUGACAGAUCAGAGGACUUUGCCACUUGUGCAACAGUUUGCACAUGACCCUAGCUUGUUCCCCAGGAGAUUUCCUGAGGUCAUGCUUAAGCUCGGUUCUUUGAAUGUCCUCACAGGGAAUGAAGGCGAGAUCAGGAAGAUUUGUAGGUCCACCAAUUAACCAUGACAUAAAAUUAAUAAAUUUAUGGAGAUCAUGCAUGCAUGUUUAACUAAAUUUGUUAUUCUUUUUUUUUUUUUUCAUGGGGCCAUUGUCCUGAUAGUGAUUAUGAUCGGUGCCUCCUUGCUUGGUUUCAUUUCAUGUGGAAUUUCUGUCAUGUAAUAACAGCCAACGGCAUUUUAAUAGUAAUGUAGUGUUUGAGAAGCACAAUAGAAGAAAUAUUCAAAAGCUGAUUUUCA